CUCUUGAGUUGAGACUGUGACUGAGUGACUAGAUCUAGAUUCUAGAUAUCUAGAUCUAGAUCGAGUUUAGUCUAGCUAAAGGGAAUAGUUUAGAUACGACCCUAAAAUCUAGUCUAGAUUAGAUUAGAUCUAGAAUCAGUGAGUCUUUAAUCUAGACUCUAGAGACUAGUCACGAUUUACGCUGAAAACUUUUGAGUGUUUGGCUGAAAACCUACAGAUAAUGCCUCAUACAAAUGCCAUUAAUGACUAUAUUGCUGGAGCAGUUGGAGGCUGUGCUGGUGUUGUUGUUGGCCAUCCACUGGACACAAUCAAGGUUCAGAUUCAAACUCAGGAAUUUGGAGGCAAAUACACAAAUCUCAUGGACUGCAUUAGAACUGUGCAGAGACAAACUUUGUCUAAAGGAUAUUUUCGUGGUCUCAGCUGGCCACUUUUCUCAUAUGGCUACCUCAAUGCUGUUUUUUUCGGCUGCUAUGGAUUCCUGUUAAAGAAAUUUGGCUGCACAGAGGAUCUGACCCACAAAAAGCCCACCUACUGGAUCAUUGGUGUUACGGGAGCCUUGGCAACAUUACCUCAAGUUGUCUUCACAUGUCCAGUUGAUGUGGUCAAAGUUUCUUUGCAAUCCCAGAUUCCUCAUUACCACGACUUACCUAAAGUGCAAGUGAACAAAUAUUUCAGUGGUCCACUGGAGGCUGUCACAAUUAUAUUUAGAACCUCUGGUUUCAAAGGUUUAUACAGAGGCUUUUUGACACAUGUUGUUAGAGAUACUCCUGCUGCAGCCAUGUACAUGUCAUCCUAUUCAUUCUUCCAGUAUGAAAGUUCUUACAGAAUUCCUUCUGUUCCUAGCCAGAUAGUCAACUUUCUAGGUGGAGGAGUUGCUGGGGUUCUCAGCUGGCUGAUCAUAAUGCCCUUUGAUGUGGUCAAGAGCAAGCUGCAAGCUGAUGCAUGUGGGAAACUGUAUAAAGGUUUCUGGGACUGUGCUAGUCAAGUGUACAGGGCUGAUGGCAUCCGAGCUUUCUUUCUUGGUCUGGUCCCUAUGGCUGUUAGAGCUUUCCCAGUGAAUGCAGUCACGCUGAUGGUUUACUCUGAAAGUCUGAAGUAUCUAAACAAAAUAGAACACAUUGACAAAAAUUAAUGUUCACAACAAGCACUGACAUGCAUAUUUU